AUGGCCGCAGGUGCCAACUGUGCAAGCGGCAGAACUAUCGGUGAAAAUGAUCCAAAAAAGAAAGAUGAUGACCUGGACGGAACGGUGGCGGCUAUGGUUGACCAGGAAAACAUUGCCUCCAUCGCGACUGGACAGAGAAUUCAAGUCCAACAAGAUGACUACCUCGGGAUAUACUAUCCUGGCAAUCCGAUAGUGUCUAACAAGAACGAGGGGUCUGGAAAGGACUUUAAAGAGACCGAGUCUGUCGGGAAUAUAGGAGUGGGGAACACCUUUGACUGGGGUACUGUCACUACGACAGAUGACAGGAAAUAUGCAAUUAACGCCAAAGUCAAUGACGGCGACACCCCAUCGUUUACCAACCUAGGUGGCGCUACGGUAACAAUGGUGGACGCCUCUACUGUCGGACAUUACCUGUUUACGGUGUCGGCGAGUGAUGACGAUGGAGAUACUCUUACAACUACUAUGAAUACGGAAACUUACUUCGAUUUCGACACUUCUACACUGCAGGUAACUGUAAAAACAAGUGGCGUUCCGGCAGGAUCCUACACAUUGAAUUUUCAGACUAGUGACCCAUGCAGCAAUUCAGCCUCGGGUACUCUCUCUGUUACAGUAACAAAUUCUGUGCCGAUGAUCCCUGUAUCAAGCCUUCCUUAUUACGCCUACAUACAUGAAGAUACGACCGCGGAGACGUUACUGCAUAGUAUCACUAUAACAGACGCCUCUCCUUCUGACACCAUCACGUGCACUGAAACGGAGGCCAAAUUCUUGACCAAAUCAUUGUCACCAGGGUAUGGUUUAUACUCCAAAGCGAAUCCAUCGUUUCAGUACAGUACUAAGAAGAAAUAUUCAAUAGUUGUGACGUGUACAGACUCUUACUCAGAUUCAGAUAGUAGUUACUUCAUCGCCUAUAUACUCCCUAAUACUCCACCGUCAUUCACAAAUCUUCCAGAUUCCGUGUCCAUUUCAACGUCAACCUCUAGCGGUACAAGUUUUUACCAGGUAUCUACGUCCGACUCUGAAGGAGAUGGCAUUACCUUCUCUUCCACGUGUUCGGUGGUCAGCUGUCCUUUUACUCUCGAUGCAAGCACUGGGGAAAUCCGAGCUAAUACCAAUCUCAAUGUCUUGACAACUGUCGGUUACGAAAUAUUCGUCAGCAUUAGUGACGGCCUUACCACGGUUGGACCAAGGACAUUGACUAUUUUGAUAACAGAUAUAAACACUGACCCAGUGAUUCAGAACCUGCCGUUACCCUUCUCAUUGUCAGUAUUGGAGGGUGUUGGAUUGAGCACUUCUGUAUACCAAGUGUUAACGGCUGAUCCAGACAGUGCCACACAGAGCCUCACUUACAGCACAACAUUCAGCCCGGUGGAAGGGGCUACCAUAUUCACGUUGGAUACAGCGACCGGACUUUUGCAUACAUCAUCAGCGACUCAGAUCGACUACGAGGCUUUGACUGCAAAAUCUUUUACUGCGUCUGUUAGCGUGACGGAUGGCCAGUCGACGGACACGCAGUCAGUUACCGUCGCCGUCGCGGACGUAAACGAAGCUCCAACAUUUGCACAAAGCACGUACUACGUCACAGGAAACGAGGCUGGAUCAGGGACAGUUCUUGGAGAUCCACUCCUGUCAGUGUCUGACCCUGAUCCUACAGAUGUCAUCACAUAUAGUAUAGAUUGUGAAGAUUUCAAUAUAGAUCCUACGACUGGCGUCAUUUCGUUUGCUGUUGAUUAUGACCUUGACAUAGCUAACACUUUGUCAUCAAUCUCGUGCACGAUUACAGCUUCCGAUGGUGACCUUGUGGCGUAUUCUACCCUGUUUAUAACGGUGAUUGACGUAAAUGAUAACACUCCUACAUUUGGAUCUGAAUAUUAUACAUUUUACACAACAAGUUUUGCAUCUGUUGGUGACGUCAUAGGCAGUUUGACAGCGACCGAUGGUGAUCUUGGAAUAUAUGGUUCUAUAACCUACUCAAUAGACCAGAGUGCCCUUGCUGACACGUAUUUCGGAGUCACCGGUAUCGGAAGUGUGUACAUCACGAAGUCCACUUCAUCCCUAGGAGCAGGAACGAGUUUUACUUUCUCAGCCAUUGUUACGGAUUAUGGUGGCCUAAAUGAUACAGCUUGGGUCACCGUGGUGAUCGUGGCUACAACGACGGUACCGUCAACAACAACCACAGAAAGAUACCUCACAUUCUUCGAUGAUGCUCGGAACGUCGCAUGGAUCACUAGUUUUGCGAUGUGCGGGUUCGGAGCGGUCGUUUUAAUAGGAUACUUAAUAUAUAAACAUGAUGUUCUUACUUCUUUCGCAAAAGCAGUCAAAGACACAUUCAGCAGAAGAUUAUCAGCAAAAAGAGGUUUUAAAAUGUUUAAUGACAACGUUGCCGGAUUAGAUGGAAGAUUUUUUUAUAUAACAUGA